CUGAAGACUGUUGGGCAAAGUUGAGAUUGUCUGUGUUUAUUAUUUAAUCGUGAAAUUUCUUCCUCUUUAUUCCCUUUCUGUUUUCCCCCUGUCAAAAUUAGACAUAAAGGGAAAGAGAAAGAAAAAUGUCAACCUGAGGCACUUUGAAAUUCAGAUGUCAGACGGGCCUCUGAACGCAGCAUGGGACUGGCCUGGCUCACCUGGUCUAACUGGCCAGGUGAGUUUCACCGGAGUGUGGGAUCUGGGAUCAGUUUUCCCAGGUAAAUGAGAGCAGAGCUGACAGUAAUGGUGGCCUGAGAUCAGUGUGAGAGAAGCAGAGAACAAAGAAGGACUGACAGGCUGUUAGUGUUUCAGACAAAAACAGACGCAGUCACAAACAGCAGAAAGGACACAGACCACAUCCCGAUGUCUUCAAGUGGAGGUGGACUUGCCACCAGGUUUGACCGGGUGCGGGAGAUCCCAUACUAUGACGAGGUCCCUGUGGGUUCUUUAUCGCGGGACCAGUAUCCCCUGCCACCCCCGAGCUCACUGCUUACAUCAGAGCCGGCUGUUAGCCUCGACCCCCUCCCACCACCGCCUCUGCCCGAGCAGCCAGCUGUGGGUCUGGAUUCCUACUAUCCCCCAAGCAAUAUGGAACCAUUUGAUGAGGAUUGUGAUGCAAUGGACAUCAAGCCAGUCCAUCGCUUCAUUCCUGACUCUGUCAAGAACUUCUUCCGCAGCAACAGCGGUAACCGUAGCAACAAAGAGUUUUCCCUUCCCCCUCCUCCUCCACUACCAAUCCCAGACUCUCCCACUCCUUCAUCCAAGAAGAGUGUAAACUGCCAUACCACAGCAGGAGUCCCAUGUUCACCUCCCCACUCAGCACCACCAUCUCCUUCCCUUCCAGGGUCUUACCGGGACCCCUACGGUGGCUCUGGCGGUAGCGACAGCUCUCGCAAGGAGCGGGAUGGGUUGCUGUUGGGUGCCGAAGCUCUUGACUCAGCAUCUGCGGUGCCGACAACCCUUUCAGCCCUCACAUAUAUGGAACGGGUGGAGGAGUACCACCAGCGCUAUGCCUACAUGAAAUCAUGGGCUGGCCUGCUAAGGAUUCUGGGUGGCGUGCAGCUGCUGUUGGGAGCUGCCAUCUUCGCCUGCGUUUGUGCUUAUGUGCACAAAGACAACGAGUGGUUCAAUGUAUAUGGAUACUCUCAGCCACAGCUUUUCGGUGGUCUAGGUGCAGGCGCAGCUGCGUAUGGAAGUGGGGGUGGUUACACAGGUCCCAAGACACCGUUCAUCCUUGUGGUGGCUGGUCUGGCAUGGAUAGUAACUGUAAUUCUGGUCGUUCUUGGAAUGAGCAUGUACUACCGAGCUAUCCUUCUGGACUCAUCAUGGUGGCCACUGACAGAGUGUUCAAUCAACCUCGCCUUGGCAGUGCUCUACUUGGCAGCAGGGAUAGUCUAUGUGAGGGAUACCAAUCGUGGGGGACUAUGCAACAUCCCAGUCUUCAACGCUGGAAUCAAUGCAGCAUUCUGUCGCACUGAGGCCGGCCAGACAGCAGCCAUCGUGUUCCUCUUCCUCAACAUGGUUCUUUACUUCAUUAGUUCAGGAGUCUGUCUGAAGCUAUGGAGACACGAAGCAGCAAGGAUGAGGAAGGAGGCGCUGGCUCAGGAGAUGAAAACCAAUGAAUCAUCAGUGCCUCUGUCUAUACUUGGUGGAGGCUCCAGGACCUCUGAGCAGACCCCUCUUCCCACCAUCCAGCCGGAUAUCAUGGACCGGCCGGGAGACUCUGCUGCUCCGCUGAUGGCUGUACAGCCAGAGAUCCUCCGCGGACACAUUCCAGCUGGACACAUACCCAAACCUUUCGUUAUAGCCGAUUAUGUAGCGAAGUACCCCACCAUCCACAAUGAUGAAGAGAGAGAUCAGUACAGGGCUGUGUUCAAUGACCAGUACGCCGAGUACAGAGAGCUCCACGCUGAGGUUCAGGCCACGGCCAAAAAGUUUGAGGAAAUGGAUGAAAUGAUACAAAAUCUGUCGUCUCGUCCCUCCAGCCAAAUGGAGAAGGAGCGGAUCAGCAGCAUAGUGACGGAGUAUCAGAAGAAGAAAGCUGAUCCAACCUAUUUAGAAAAGAGGGAUCGCUGUGAGUACCUAAAGAACAAACUCUCCCAUAUCAAGCAGAAGAUUCAAGAGUACAACAAAGUUAUGGACUGGAAUGACAGGAAAUAAACUCUCACUUCGCUUCUGCUUACACAUUCAAGAUCACUCUGUGCACGCCAGUGAAGGGUUCACAUGCACAGAAAGUGUGUGUGUGUGUGUACGUGUGUGUGUGUGUGCAUGCAUGAAGCACCCUUUUUCUCCAUAAACCUCAUCUGAGUUCAGAGCACCUAAUCGAAACCAUCCAAAAUGGAUGGGAUUGCUUUGUAUAUACAGCAUUCCUGAUGCAGGGUCGUACAUUAAAUGACAGACUGGUCGUCCGUCUGUCUGUUCAUCCAUCCAUCACCUACAUUCUGGUUAUUGGAUGGUUCAAUUUUCAAUUUAUUUUCAUUUAUAUAGCACCAAAUCACAGCAAGGUUGCCUCAAGGCACUUCACACAAGUAAGGUCUAACCUUACCAACCCCCAGAACAGCAGCAGUAAGGAAAAACUCCCUCAGGAAGAAACCUGAAGCAGACCAGACUCAAAGGGGUGACCCUCUGCUUGGGCCAUGCUACAGACAUAAAUUACAGAACAAUUCACAAAACAAACAUACAGGGAGUUUGGUUGCAAGUUUACAUCUCUGGUAGGCAUAAUGGAACAACCUAGUGUAUUACUUGAGUUUUUGUUGUUGUUGAUAUUAACAGUCGUUUUAUGUGGAUGAGAUUAGACAGAAGUCUCCAUGGACUAUGAUGUUUGCAGAUGGAAUUUUAGUCUGUAGUGACAGUAGGGAACAGUUUGAGAUGAACUGAGAGAGAGGCAGGUAGGCACUGAAGAGAAGGGGAAUGAAAGUAAGUAG